AUGGCUCAGGUCCCUACUCCCCCUGCUUCCCGUCAUGGCUCAGAAUCACCCGAUGUCGAGCAGAAGAAACCAGUUGUCGACUCGUCCGCGGAGCUACUGCAGUCGUUGGAUACUCUUCUAGAGCGAUAUCUUUGUCUUCUCGAUCGGCAUCAGAAGUUACAGGCAGAUUUGGGGAAACGACUAUCUUCGGGAUUCUUUUCUCUUGCACAUGCGAAUUACACCUGCCCGCCUGGUCGACGGUAUGGUGCGGAUUACUAUGACGAGCGUAUGAAAGCAACAAGAAAAAUGUCACUACAGUCAACCCCGAGUCAGGACAAGGACGAGUGCAUCGCUAAAAAGAAUGACGAUUCCGCUGAACAAGACCAGUCCGACAAUUACAAACAUACUUUUGCAAUUCAGGCCGUACCAGACAGCCGGCCCAGUGAACAGACUGAACCGGACAAGGAAGCCGAACAAGACCAGUCAAACACCGACCCCCAGGAAGGAGAGAAGCACAGUUCAAAAGAGAAUAGCAGCACGGAAAACCAGAAGACAGACUCUUUAAAUUCCCCAGAGCCCUCGAAAGCAGAUUCUACUGAGCCCGCGAAACCCAAAGCUUCGAAGAAGAAAUUCCAGUCCUCCAACCCGAUUACGUGGUACGGGAUCCUGGUACCUCCAUCCCUUCGCAGCGCUCAGAUGUCCUUCACUGAGGCAGUCGAAGGCCAAUUGCCAGAGCUGGCCAGUGUAGUCGUUGAAAUGCAAGCCGUGGAAAAAGAAGUCGAAAGAGUGCGAAGCGAGUUGGGUCAGGCAUAG